AUGAGUGACCUAGACCGGGCGAUUGAGCAGCUGCGGGCCUGCCGCCUGAUCCCCGAAUCUCAAGUUCGUGAGCUGUGCUACAAGGCGCGCGAGCUCCUUAUCGAAGAGGGCAACGUUGUGUCCGUCGAUGCACCGGUUACCAUUUGCGGCGAUAUCCAUGGCCAGUUCCACGACCUGAUGGAACUGUUCCGCGUGGGCGGCGACGUCCCGGACACUAACUACCUGUUUAUGGGCGACUUUGUCGACCGUGGUUUCUAUUCGCUUGAAUCCUUCCUCCUUCUCCUGUGCCUGAAGGUGCGGUAUCCAGAUCGCAUCACCCUGAUUCGCGGCAACCACGAGUCGCGCCAAAUUACAACAGUAUAUGGAUUUUAUGACGAGUGCAUUCGCAAAUACGGCAGCGCUAACGUCUGGCGGUACUGCUGCGAGGUGUUCGAUUAUCUCGCACUCGGCGCCAUCGUGCUAGGCGCUAGCUCGGAGUUGGAGCCGACCGGCUCCAGCGCACCCGAGAUGACACAGUCCACAAUGCCAAUUGAUGAUGGCGAGCUCGAAACAGAGGUACUGAACUCGCGUGGUGAGGUUACCAUGAGCACAUACCGUGCUCGUCAGCGUUCGUCAUCAGACACAUCGACAGACUCUCGCAACAUAUCUCCGCCCCGUGAUAUAUCAGCUGCGCCAGGCAUGGCGUCAACCCCGACUCGCACUGGUGCACCCGGCACAGGCGCUGGCGGGGAUUCUAAUGGAAGCAUGACUACCAGCCGCACAGGCGCUGUGUUGUGCGUUCACGGUGGCCUGUCACCACUGAUCGAUUCUGUGGAUAAGAUCCGCUUAAUUGAUCGCAAACAGGAAGUUCCCCACGAGGGCGCUAUGUGUGACCUUCUCUGGUCAGACCCCGACGAGAUUGAAGGCUGGGGAUUGAGCCCACGUGGCGCUGGCUUUCUCUUCGGUGGUGAUAUCGUCAAACAAUUCAAUCAUCUCAAUGGUCUUUCGCUGGUAGCUCGUGCUCACCAGCUUGUGAUGGAGGGGUAUAAAGAAAUGUUCGACGGCGGGAUCGUGACGGUGUGGUCUGCCCCGAACUAUUGUUAUCGCUGUGGUAAUGUUGCCGCCAUACUAGAGCUCGGCGAGGAUGCCCGCAAUGGGGGCACUGUGGCCCGUAGCAAUGGAGAUUAUGGACGGAGCAAUGGAGUCCUGGGCGCAGAUAGUGUUGUUAACACUGUUGUGAGUCCCGGAAGAAGAUAUCGUGUUUUCGAGGCCGCGGCUCAGGAUACAAGAGGUAUGCCUGCGAAGAAACCCGUAGCUGAUUAUUUCCUGUGA